UCCAAAGCAUUCCUCAUCGCUCAGUCGCUCCCUCGCACCAAAACACAACUACCACCAGCGGCAGCAGUUCGACUCCGGAGAGGCAGAGAUGGGCUCCACCGCAACCGACAUGGCCGCCUCCGCCGACGAGGAGGCGUGCAUGUACGCUCUCCAGCUCGUCUCGUCGUCGAUCCUCCCGAUGACGCUCAAGAACGCCAUCGAGCUGGGCCUCCUGGAGACCCUGGUGGCCGCCGGCGGCAAGCUGCUGACCCCCGCCGAGGUGGCCGCCAAGCUCCCGUCCACGGCGAACCCCGCCGCGGCGGACAUGGUGGACCGCAUGCUCCGGCUGCUGGCCUCGUACAACGUGGUGUCGUGCACGAUGGAGGAGGGCAAGGAUGGGCGCCUGUCCCGGCGGUACGGCGCCGCGCCCGUGUGCAAGUUCCUCACCCCCAACGAGGACGGCGUCUCCAUGGCGGCGCUCGCGCUCAUGAACCAGGACAAGGUCCUCAUGGAGAGCUGGUACUACCUGAAGGACGCGGUCCUUGACGGCGGCAUCCCGUUCAACAAGGCGUACGGGAUGUCGGCGUUCGAGUACCACGGCACGGACCCGCGCUUCAACCGCGUCUUCAACGAGGGGAUGAAGAACCACUCCAUCAUCAUCACCAAGAAGCUGCUCGAGGUCUACAAGGGCUUCGAGGGCCUCGGCACCAUCGUCGACGUGGGCGGCGGCGUGGGCGCCACCGUGGGCGCCAUCGUCGCCGCGUACCCGGCCAUCAAGGGCAUCAACUUCGACCUCCCCCACGUCAUCUCCGAGGCGCCGCCGUUCCCGGGCGUCACCCACGUCGGCGGCGACAUGUUCCAGAAGGUGCCCUCGGGGGACGCCAUCCUCAUGAAGUGGAUCCUCCACGACUGGAGCGACGAGCACUGCGCGACGCUGCUCAAGAACUGCUACGACGCGCUGCCGGCGCACGGCAAGGUGGUGCUCGUGGAGUGCAUCCUGCCGGUGAACCCGGAGGCCACGCCCAAGGCGCAGGGGGUGUUCCACGUCGACAUGAUCAUGCUCGCGCACAACCCCGGCGGCAGGGAGAGGUACGAGAGGGAGUUCGAGGCCCUGGCCAAGGGCGCCGGCUUCGCCGCCAUCAAGACCACCUACAUCUACGCCAACGCAUUCGCCAUCGAGUUCACCAAGUAGAUCCAUGCAUGCCAACCGUCCACCGCUCGCUUUGAGAUCGUCGUCUUCUUGCUCGCCGGCGCUGCUGCAUCAACCUGCUGCAUAUGUACUUCGGCUUGGUGUUUGUUCUGUUUUCCUAAUUUUGUUGUCAUGCUAGCUCUGAAUCUUUCUGAAUUCUACUGGUUGUGUCGUCGAUCUAUUCGAAAUGUACUCCUGUAUUAAUAGUGCUGCUCUUAAAGGUUGCAUGCGAUGCAAUAACAUGAUUUCGCUGCUUUGUUUUUGUGAUUAUA